AUGUCUAACAUGCAUCCUAGAAACGUGAACGAUCAACCAGGACAAAGUGGGAAUAACGGACCAGACCCUUCUCAAAAUCCAAUGCCUCAACCACCUUCACUGUGGAAUCCUAAUUCGUGGAACCCUUGGGGAGUCCAACAAUCGGGAGACCAAUGGGUACCUCCAAAUGUGCAACAAAACGUGACGCCUGGCUACCCCAUUCCCCCACAGAAUCGCCCAAAUCCUCAAUUUGCUGAUGUUGUUGGUGGACCAAUGAUAUCUCACGCAGGAAGCGGGCCGAUGGGUCAUCCCCAUGGACAAGAUCCAAACUACUAUCAGGACAUUCAACAGAGAAAUCACUAUCCUCCACUGCAGAGGCUUUUCUCUGGUGAAUUCAAUCCUCUUGUCGAUCGCAACCAACCUCUUGGAGAUCUCAAUCCGAGAGGCGCUUUCAUCCCAACUCAACACUCAAUGUACCAGAAUCCAUGGAAUGCACAACAGAAUCCGCCAAUGCAAUACAAUUAUCCGAAUGAGCCCCAGAGAUUUCUAGCUAAUCCUGUCCCGAUGCAGCCAAUAUACGAUAGAAACCAUUAUGGUCUGCCAGCUGGAAUACAGGCGCAAAAUGAGAUAUCUCUUGGUGGAGCUGAAUUUAGUCAACAUCCUACGAGUUCAAGAAGUCAACUCAACCCCGGAACUGUCUAUUCAUUUAUCGAAUCUCAUAUUAAAUCAGCUGAAUUUAAACGCGAGAAGGCUCUGGAAAUUGUGAAGAAGUUGGAAAAGCCUCUGGAAGAGGGAGAAGCUAUAGAUAAAAACGAACUCGCUGCACAGUUCAAAAAGUGGCAGGAUAAUUCAAAGAAAAGACGAAAAUUCCGUGAUACACUUGGAAUAGACAGAGGAUAUCUAUUAGCAACAGCCAUCUCCCAAUACGAUUAUGUAGAUCAGCGAAUGGCAUGCUUACGAUUGCACAAUUGGUUGAAGGAAAAUGAGAGAGAGGCGAUGUUAGUGUACCAUGAAGAAGUGAGAGAGGCAUGGUACGGAGCAAUUUAG